UGCAGUGAUUUCCUGAUCUUGCCCGGAUACAUUGAUUUCACCUCCGAUCAAGUGGACCUCACCUCUGCCCUCACCAAGAAGAUCACGCUGAAGACGCCGCUGGUCUCCUCUCCGAUGGACACGGUGACUGAAGCUAACAUGGCCAUCGCAAUGGCGUUGAUGGGAGGAAUCGGCUUCAUUCACCACAACUGUACCCCCGAGUUCCAGGCCAGCCAAGUGCGCAGGGUGAAGAAGUACGAGCAGGGCUUCAUCACGGACCCGGUGGUGAUGAGCCCCCAUCGGGUCCACGAUGUGUUCGAAGCCAAAGCUCGGCACGGAUUCUGCGGAAUUCCCAUCACCGACUCUGGCACGUUGGGAGGGAAACUGGUCGGGAUCAUCUCGUCCCGGGACAUCGACUUCCUGACCCCAGAGGAGCACAGCCUCCCGCUGGCCGAGGUGAUGACAAGGAGGGAGGACCUGGUCGUGGCCCCAGCUGCUGUCACACUGAGGGCGAAUGAGAUCCUGCAGAGGAGCAAGAAAGGGAAGCUCCCCAUCGUUAACGAGGAUGACCAGCUGGUGGCCAUCAUCGCCCGGACCGACCUGAAGAAGAACCGGGACUACCCGCUCGCCUCCAAGGACUCCAAGAAACAGCUGCUGUGUGGAGCGGCCAUCGGGACCCACGCCGAUGACAAGUAUCGACUCGACCUCCUGGUCCAGGCCGUGGACGCUGUGGUCCUGGAUUCCUCCCAGGGGAACUCCAUCUUCCAGAUCCACAUGAUCCAACACAUUAAGGAGAAAUAUCCGGAUCUCCAGGUCAUCGGCGGGAACGUGGUAACGGCAGCCCAGGCGAAGAACCUGAUUGACGCUGGCGUUGAUGCCCUGCGAGUGGGAAUGGGCAGUGGCUCCAUCUGCAUCACUCAGGAAGUGCUGGCGGUGGGGAGACCUCAGGCCACAGCUGUGUACAAGGUGGCUGAGUACGCGCGGUUCGGGGUGCCGGUCAUCGCCGACGGGGGCAUCCAGACCGUGGGUCACAUUGCCAAGGCCCUGGCCCUGGGGGCAUCGACAGUGAUGAUGGGGUCGCUCCUGGCUGCCACGAGUGAAGCUCCCGGUGAAUAUUUCUUCACGGACGGAGUGCGGCUGAAGAAGUAUCGUGGGAUGGGAUCGGUGGACGCGAUGGAUAAGCACCUGGGCAGCCAGAGCCGCUACUUCAGUGAGUCGGACAAGAUCAAAGUGGCUCAGGGAGUGUCGGGAGCUGUACAGGACAAGGGAUCCAUCCACAAGUUUGUUCACUAUCUGAUCGCUGGGAUUCAGCACGGCUGCCAGGACAUCGGAGCCAAGAGUUUAACACAGCUCAGGGCGAUGAUGUACUCUGGAGAGCUGAAGUUUGAGAAGAGGACACUGUGUGCUCAGAUGGAAGGAGGUGUUCAUGGAUUACAUUCGUAUGAGAAGAGACUUUUUUGAAUCCAACCUGGGGAGCCCAGUGGUGGGUUCCCUCCUCCUCGGGUCUGUCCGGUCACAGUUCCAAAUCCAGUUUGCCUUCUGUUCGCUUCCAUGAACUGGGGACUGGGGUUUGCGGUGGUGCUGCUGCCCGAGGCUGUCCUGCUGACUGGUUGUGAAUUCUUUCCAGGAAUGUUAUUUUUGUUAACUGGUUUGUUGCCAUGGAGACUGCCCAUCAACUUCACCAACCUGUCCGUGUCUGCGAGCUGUUGCUGCCGACAGCAAGUCUGUCAGUACGGGGGACAGACACUGGGGCUUCUGACCAGCACUGCAGUCACCCGGGGCUCUCCGUGUGCACGGUGUUGAUACUGUAAGCUGCACCAUUGACUGCUCUGAGCGUGGUGGACGAGCUUUUUAAUAACUGAGAUGUUUGUACA